UAUAUACAUUUAACAUUAGUCUCCAUGACUUAAAGUGCAACAAAACCUCAUAAAAGUAGUGACAGAAUGUGAAGAAAAAAAGUUAAGAAAAUUUGGAAAACUAGUGCAGUUGCAUCUAUCACCAUACUUAGAUGAUUUAGUACCCCACCCUUUAUAUUUUGCAAGAAUUGGGGUCAGAGAGAAGCAAAAUUUAACAAAAAAGCCCAUUUUUUAGGUUGAUAUAGAGAGAGAUUUGAAGGGUAGUGGUAGUAGGGUGGCUAUAAACCCAAUUUCAGCAUUUCUUGAAGCUAUUUGGAGAGAAAGGGAGAAGACCCAGAUCUCCAUUUUUGUUUUUUGUGCAGCUCGAGGUCUUAGAAUGCAUCCAACUAAUAUGAAAAAUGUUAGGUUGUUUGUUAGCGCGCUGAUCGGAUGAGAUUGUGUGCUGUGAGUACUGUUUUGGGAAGAUAUCCGUAGGCUUUGAAUGGACCUGUUUCCUUGAAAGUGAUCUGUGUGAUGAUAUACGGCGCUCAGAUAUGCAAAGAAAUCCUGAAUCAAAACCACUCUCUGGACUACUGCCCAUUAUAGCUAGAACAUCGAGCACACAAUUGACUAUGGUAAAAGAAGAUAUGGAUGAAUACGGUGAUCGAGAUUCUCAAGACUCCGAAUCUCCAAAACCUGCUGCAGAAAUGUGGCAUGGAAAGAGGUAUGUUGAGCAAUAUGAUGAACUUAUGCCUGAUAUUACAUUUAAGGGUAGUGAUGAUUUGUUAGAUGAUGACGGGAACCAUUCCUUUUCGGGAGCUAGCCAUCCCCCCGAACCUGUUGAUACAGAUUUAAUGAGGCCAGUCUGUGUACCUGUUGGUCAAAAUGAAUCCGAGAACAAAUGCUUGAUGAAAAGUUUGUCUAAAGGUCCAUUUAUAGAGGACUUAUCGGUUCAAGUUUCUAGUAUAAAACCAAGUUUGUUGAUUGUUUCACCCAGAGAUAGCUUGGUUGAUGAGCCCAAUGACUUGAGAGCGGUCACCUCUCCAUUUUCAGCUACUCGUCGUCCAUCACAAAAUGCAGAAAUUCCUCUCCUUCCUCCAGAUUCUGAGGAGAAGGAAUGUGUGUGGGAUGCCUCCUUGCCUCCAAGUGGCAAUGUAAGUCCACUCAGUAGCAUUGAUUGUACUAGUGUCGUAACUGCUAUGAGCAUUGUUAAUAGUUGUACCCACACAUAUCGGAGUGAUACAAUUCUGAGUGAUGGGAUGCUUAGUGUCGACAGGAACCGUGAGGGUACUAAAGGGGGUGUUCGAGGAGAUUCUCUUGAGAGUGGCAAAACUAGCAUGAGUCGAGCAAGUGAUAGCAGUGGCCUUAGUGAUGAAAGUAAUUGGAGUAACUUUACUGGGAGUGCUGGUAAACCUCACAAAGGAAAUGAUUCAAGGUGGAAGGCAAUUCUUGCCAUACGAUCACGGGAUGGAAUUCUGGGAAUGAGUCAUUUUAGGUUAUUGAAACGUCUUGGCUGUGGUGACAUAGGCAGUGUGUAUCUUUCAGAGCUUAGUGGGACACGGUCUUACUUUGCAAUGAAAGUGAUGGACAAGGCUUCACUUGCAAGCAGGAAGAAGUUGACCAGGGCUCAGACAGAGAGAGAUAUACUGCAGUUGCUUGACCAUCCAUUCUUGCCGACACUGUAUACUCAUUUUGAGACUGACAGGUUCUCAUGUUUAGUCAUGGAAUAUUGUCCCGGAGGUGAUCUGCAUACCUUGAGGCAGAGACAACCUGGGAAACACUUUUCAGAGUAUGCCGCCCGGUUUUAUGCAGCUGAGGUUCUUUUAGCGCUUGAGUAUCUCCAUAUGCUUGGAGUUGUAUACAGAGAUCUGAAACCAGAAAACGUGUUGGUACGAGAUGACGGGCACAUCAUGCUGUCAGACUUUGAUCUUUCCCUACGAUGCACAGUGUCACCCACCCUCAUAAGGACUUCUGCAUUUGAUUCUGAUUUUUCAAGACGAGGGUCCGGAGGUGCAUUCUGUGCUCAGCCUACAUGUAUGGAGCCCUCAAAAGCAUGCAUCCAACCAGCAUGCUUUCUUCCACGAAUCUUUUCAAAGAGAAACAAGAUAAGUGGUCAAAAAGCUCGAGCUGAAACCGGAUUAAAAACCAGUAGACUCCCUGAGCUCCUUGCAGAGCCAACUGCAGCUAGGUCCAUGUCUUUUGUUGGAACUCAUGAAUACUUGGCCCCAGAGAUUAUUAAAGGCGAAGGUCAUGGUAGUGCAGUUGAUUGGUGGACAUUUGGAAUUUUUAUACAUGAACUAUUGUAUGGAAAGACCCCUUUUAAAGGCGCAGGAAAUCGUGCAACAUUAUUCAAUGUGGUUGGUCAGCAACUAAGGUUCCCUGACUCGCCGCCAACUAGUUAUGCCAGCCGGGAUUUAAUCCGAGGAUUGCUUGUGAAGGAACCACAAAACCGGCUUGGAGUAAAGAGAGGGGCAACUGAAAUCAAGCAACAUCCAUUUUUCGAAGGUGUGAAUUGGGCACUGAUACGCUGCAGUACACCACCAGAGGUACCAAGAAUACCAUCGGAGGCUGAGCUUCCUGCAACGUUUGGGGCGGGUGAUCCAAUUGCUGUUGGCAGUAGCAGCAAAAGGAUGGUUGGAGCAGACAUCAAAUCUGGUGGUAAAUAUCUGGACUUUGAGUUCUUUUAGAUUAGCUGAUUAUUGAAUUCUUAGGCUAUGUUAUCUUGGUUUCAUUAUUUUAUUCGUGGUCCAGCAUUUCUAAUGGCUUCUGUUAAACGAAUGUUAUUAAAGUGUGACAUGAAUAGGACUGCUGUGGAUGAGUUGUUUCUGUUCAUCUUUAAAAUAUGUAAUCGGAAGAUUCAAAAUC